AUGUGCAGUCAGAAUUGGAAACAGAGAGUGAAGAAGAACAGGGAGAGUUUGAGAUUGGAGAAACCGCUCAAGGUCUUUUGGAGCAUUCUGGAGCAUAUGGGACAUGAGGAGCAUGGAGGGACUUGGCACAUGGAAGCAGCUCAACUGGAUACGCAAAGGAAGAAGGGAGAAGCCAUCUUGAAGACCAGCUCGACCGUCUACUCGACCAACCGGUCGAGUUCCUCAACUCGACCGGCCAAGCUUCAACUCGAUCGAGCUGAGAAAGGGGAAUGGAAACCCUUUGGGAAUGGACUCGGUCGAGCUAGGCAAACUCGACCGAUUGGUCAAGGAGAUGCUCCAAACCGCCACCAACAGAGACAAGGGAUUGUUCCACCACCAGUGCAGAACCACAACUUUGAGAUCAAGCUGGGAAUGAUCAACCUUGUUGAUGAUAGGAUUUGUGUGUGUGAUAUGAAAUGA